UUUUAUUUAUAGCUGUGCGAAAAUUGAAGCUGAGCAGAGAAGGGAAAUGGCAGUGCUUGAGGAUAAAAGGAAACAGCCAAGCUCGUAUUGGCUACACUGCAGUGCCAAGUGCUUCCACAUGCCUUCAUGGACAUGUUCAAACCCAUCAUCCUUAGAAAAGGAACAGGAUCAAAGGGAUGUCAAAGUUUCAACCAAAAGAAAGCCUGGUGGUUGGAAGGCUAUGCCCUUCAUCUUGGGAAAUGAAACGUUUGAAAGGAUGGCCACUUUUGGAUUGUUGGCGAACUUUAUGGUGUAUUUGAUGAAAAAGCUCCACUUGGAUCAGGUUUCCGCUUCCAAUAUUAUUAACAUAUGGUCCGGUGUGUCCAAUUUUGCGCCCAUGGUGGGUGCUUUCAUCUCUGAUGCCUAUGUGGGCAAGUUCCGGACUAUUGCCUUUUCAUCCUUCGCAUUACUUCUGGGAAUGGUGACCGUGACUUUGACGGCUUGGAUCCCAGAGCUCCUUCCUCCACCGUGCACCCAACAACGGCUAGACUUGGGUCAAUGCAUAGGUCCUACCAAAGCUCAACUGGGUAUUUUAAUAUUGGGACUAAGCUUUUUGUCCAUAGGCGGUGCCGGAGUUAGGCCAUGCAGCAUUCCGUUCGGUGUGGAUCAAUUUGAUCCGACCACUGACGAAGGGAAAAAGGGAAUCGCCAGCUUCUUUAAUUGGUACUACACCACAUUCACGGUGAUCUUGUUGCUCACUCUAACUGUGGUGGUUUAUAUCCAAGACUCUGUCAGCUGGGUCUUGGGCUUUGGGAUUCCGACUCUCUGCAUGUUCUUCUCAGUUAUCUUAUUCUUCAUUGGAACAAAUAUUUAUGUGCAUGUCAAGCCAGAGGGAAGCCCAUUUUCCGGCAUUGUGCAAGUUCUUGUGGCGGCUUAUAGGAAGCGCCGGAUUGAGCUUCCAGCGGACGGCGAGUUAGAUGGAAAUUUUUAUGAUCCUCCGUUGAAAGGGGUUGUAUUGACAAAGCUUCCUCUCACCGACCAAUUCAGAUUCCUAAAUAAAGCUGCAAUAAUAGAAGAGGGUGAACUAAAGCCGGAUGGUACUCGUUCGGAUCAUUGGAGGCUGUGCAGCAUCCAGCAGGUGGAAGAGUUUAAAUGUAUAGCUAGAAUCAUCCCAAUAUGGGCUGCCGGUAUCAUUAGCCUCACGUCCAUAACACAACAAGGAACAUUUACUGUAUCACAAGCCCUGAAAAUGGACCGCCACCUUGGCCCGAACUUCCAAAUCCCAGCCGGUUCAAUGGGAGUCAUAUCAAUGAUCACAAUCGGACUGUGGCUCCCAUUCUACGACCGCAUCCUCGUACCUGCCCUCCGAAAGAUCACGAAACAUGAAGGCGGGAUCACACUUCUCCAAAGAAUCGGAAUCGGGAUUCUUUUUUCGAUUCUGUCAAUGGUUGUUGCCGGGUUGAUCGAAAGGGUGAGAAGGGCUUCGGCUAUUUUACACCCUCAUCCCCAUGGGGUUGCACCGAUGUCGGUCAUGUGGCUAGCCCCACAACUUAUUCUAAUGGGCUUUUGUGAGGCGUUCAACAUUCUCGGGCAGAUUGAAUUCUUCAACAGGCAGUUUCCUGAGCACAUGACAAGCGUUGGUAAUGCUCUUUUUUCUUGUUCCUUUGCCGGAUCAAGCUACCUGAGUACCUUCUUGGUGAACGUUGUGCACCGUUACACCGGAGGGCAUGGCCGGCCUGAUUGGUUGACAAAGGAUCUCAACGCUGGCAGACUGGAGAAUUUCUACUUUCUCAUAGCAGGGAUGGGGGUCCUGAAUUUAAUAUACUUUUUAUACUGUGCUCAUCGAUAUCGUUACAAGGGCAGCGCUGUACAAAUACAAGACAAUUCCCAUGACGUGGAGCUUCGGUCGAUCAAAGCUUGAAUGUU